AUGGUUUCUGGCGUAACGCAGCAGCACCGGGGCGGCGGCGGCGGAGGCGGCGGAGGCAGCUCCAUCGCCGCCGUCGAUGGCAGCGGUGGAGGACCCAGCAUUCGCUUCGAGGGCAUCACCCUGGAGCUGUCGUCGUUCUCCGGCUGCCAGUUCGACUUCGGGAAGAGCGGGAACCUUGUCCUUAGCUUUAACGGUUACACCGGAACCGUGUCCCUCCAGAGCUCUUUGUCGUCUUCUGGGUCUUCCACGCCCAAGAUUCGGGGCGAGGGCGGAGCAGCGGCGGCGGCAGGUACCGCUCCUCCUGCUGUUUCCCCGGACGCUCAGGGCCCGUCCACGGCUGCGACGACGACUGGCAAGCCGAAGGGUAAGCGCGCGCGGAGGGCGAGGGGAGAGGAGAGCACCAACGCUUCCGGCGCCGCCGUCGCCGCCGCUAGUAGAAGUACCAAGACGAACGCCGCCCGGGCUAAGGACAAGACGAAGAGAGCUGCCGUCGUGGCUUCGACGAAGACGGCAAGGGCGAAGCGGCAGCAGCAGAGGAAGGAAGAAGACUCUUCGCCGAACAAGGAGAACCGUCCGGCAACCAAAAGCUCCGGCGGCGGCGGCGGCGGGACUAUCGUUGAGGCCAUGGACGAAGGAGAAGAAGACGGCGACGACGCGCAUGUACAGACCCACGUCAGCGAUGACGGAAGCAGCGCAUCCGGGGAGGAGGAGGAGGUGGAAGAGGAGGAGGAGGGAGGGGCGGCGUCCCCGUCUUCUUCCGCGGCCGCGGCGUGGAUCGCCAUCUCUUCCUCUGGCGCCGCCGCUGCCUCGCCGCCGGCUAGCCCGGGCCCGCUCAGCCGGUCAGCCAGGGCGCAGAUCGUGGCAGGCGUCGGCGUGGGGGCCAGGAGCGGGGACGGGGGCGUGGGUCCCAUGGGGAGGUGGGGCCACACGGCGACGAUGAUCUCGGAGUCGACCAUGAUGGUGCUCGGGGGCCAGGCGGACGAUGAUGCCCACCAGGCUACGCUCGGCGACCUCUACAAGUUUGACUUCGCGACCGAGUCGUGGAGCCGGCCCGUGAACUGCGACAGCAUCCCCCGCGCGUGGCACUCUGCGUCGUUCAUCAAGGACAAGAACCUGCUCGUCAUCUUUGGCGGGGAGAGGACGGUGGACGGCUGCCCCGAGUGCCUGGACGAUAUCAUGGUGCUUGAUACCGAUAUCGACCUCCUGUACCCCCCGGCGAUCUCCGGCAAGUCUCCCACCGCACGGUCGGGACACUCGGCGGCCAUCAUCGGCACCGACCUCGUCGUUUUCGGAGGUGUUCGCGGAAGGAAGUGGCAGAACAACGUGGCCGUCCUCGACACGGAGCGAUGGCACUGGCGCCACCCGACCAUCGACGGCUCCAACCCGGCACCCCGGUCGUACCACACCUCCACCGUGGUGGGGAACCUGAUGGUCGUGUUCGGCGGGAACAACCAGAACGAGAGCUUCGACAAGGUCCACGUCCUCGACACGAGCAAGUCACGGUGGGUGUGGUCGACGCCGGAGGUUGUGGGAGUAGCGCCACCCCCCCGCACCGGUCAUUCUGCGGUGCUCCUGCCGGACGGGCACACGAUCUUCAUCCACGGGGGAUGGGACCCGGAAGACGAAGGAGGGGUGAAAAACUUCGGGGACGCGUACCUGCUAGACACCAAUCUCUGGGAGUGGACCCGCGGCCCGGAAUUCCUGCUGGGUGCCGCCGAGGCCGGGCUCAGGGUGGGACACACGGCCGUCCUUGCCCGCUGCAACAGCAACAGCGGAGGAGGGUGCGACGCAACAGCAGCAGCAAC